AUGUGGAGAUGCGGGCAGGCGGUGGUGUUUGUGGGCAUGUGGUGGGGAGAAGGGCGGGGGCGGGAGGACAGAGGCGAGGCGACUGCUUGCGUGCUCGCCCGCUCGCUCGCGUGUCUUUUGUUUUUGUCAGAGGCGGUGCGCGGCAGUGGGAACGCCUGCCUGGCGGCUGGGACGGCCAGCAAAUGCGGUUGGAUGGGCGGCCACAGCACCGCACCUGUGCCCAAGGAGGCGACGCUGGCGGCGGGGCCCCCUCGGAUGCGGCCGGCUGGGGCUGUCAGAGGCGGUGCGCGGCAGUGGGAACGCCUGCCUGGCGGCUGGGACGGCCAGCAAAUGCGGUUGGAUGGGCGGCCACAGCACCGCACCUGUGCCCAAGGAGGCGACGCUGGCGGCGGGGCCCCCUCGGAUGCGGCCGGCUGGGGCUCAGAGGCGGUGCGCGGCAGUGGGAACGCCUGCCUGGCGGCUGGGACGGCCAGCAAAUGCGGUUGGAUGGGCGGCCACAGCACCGCACCUGUGCCCAAGGAGGCGACGCUGGCGGCGGGGCCCCCUCGGAUGCGGCCGGCUGGGGCUGUCAGAGGCGGUGCGCGGCAGUGGGAACGCCUGCCUGGCGGCUGGGACGGCCAGCAAAUGCGGUUGGAUGGGCGGCCACAGCACCGCACCUGUGCCCAAGGAGGCGACGCUGGCGGCGGGGCCCCCUCGGAUGCGGCCGGCUGGGGCUCAGAGGCGGUGCGCGGCAGUGGGAACGCCUGCCUGGCGGCUGGGACGGCCAGCAAAUGCGGUUGGAUGGGCGGCCACAGCACCGCACCUGUGCCCAAGGAGGCGACGCUGGCGGCGGGGCCCCCUCGGAUGCGGCCGGCUGGGGCUGUCAGAGGCGGUGCGCGGCAGUGGGAACGCCUGCCUGGCGGCUGGGACGGCCAGCAAAUGCGGUUGGAUGGGCGGCCACAGCACCGCACCUGUGCCCAAGGAGGCGACGCUGGCGGCGGGGCCCCCUCGGAUGCGGCCGGCUGGGGCUGU